UCAUUCCUCUAUAAAAGAGACCUGUCAAAGAAGCCCUACCAGAUCCAAGCAACCAGCUCAGACAGAAGUGGAAGGAAAAACUAAGUCCGGACCACUUGAGAAGAGGAGCAGUUUCCAAGGUCCAGAAUGUCGCUUACUUUCAAACUUCAGUGUCACUUCAUCCUGAUCUUUCUGGGAGCUCUUAGGGGAGAGACCAGAUACCUGGAGCUGCGGGAGGUUCCAGAAGCCGACCCUUUCUUGUUCUUCAACACCGACCUGAAGCGGGAGCUGUCCGAGGAACAGCUCUAUCACCGCUCGCUGAGAUGCAUAGACAUGCUGAGCAUCGAGGGUCAGUUCACCUUCACCGCGGAGCAGCCCCAGCUGCACUGUGCCGCCUUCUUUAUUGGGGAGCCGGAGGAAAUCAUAUCUAUUCAAUACGACCUGGUCAACAUUGACUGUCAAGGCGGAGACUUUCUGAAGGUGUUUGAUGGUUGGAUUCUUAAAGGAGAGAAAUUUCCCAGUUCCCAGGAUCAUCCUCUUCCUAUGUCUGACCGGUACAUAGAUUUCUGUGAAAAUGGCAAUAUCAGAAGUUUUAGCUCAUCACAGAAUGUGGCCAUGAUUUUCUUCCGGAUUCAGGAGAUAGGCAAUGGAUUUACAAUAACCAUAAAGAAAAAUCCUAACCUCUUCCCCUGCAAUGUCAUCUCUCAGACCCCCUCUGGAAGGUUUACCAUGGUGAUUCCUCAUCAGCACAGAAACUGCAGUUUCUCUAUCAUUUAUCCAGUGGUUAUAAAAAUAUCAGAUCUCAUACUGGGCCACUUAAAUAGCCUUCAGUUAAAGAAAUCAUCCGUAGGUUGUGGGGGAAUAGGAGAUUUUGUGGAACUACUGGGAGGAACUGGAUUGGACCCUUCCAAGAUGAUGCCUUUUGCUGAUUUGUGUUAUCCUUUUCAUGGCCCUGCCCAGAUGACAAUCGGCUGUGACAAUACUGUAGUGCGUAUGGUCUCGAGUGGGAAACACGUCAAUCGUGUGACAUUUGAGUAUCAUCAGCUCGAGCCUUAUGACCUGGAAAAUACCAAUGGAAACAGCAUUAAGGAAUACUGCUUCCCUAGCCUCUGAAUUGCCAGCUAAGAUUUCCAUGUUGCUGACGACGUGAGGUUUUACUGAAUGUACCAUGUAUUUCUAAGUCUAGUAUCCUGGAAUCAUUGAAUCUUUCUACUGUCUAGUACUUAGCUCUUUCAUACCAGUCAGUAUUAUCAGCCUUGUGCUGGAAAUAAAAUCAUUACAAUCAUUUUAUAUUUUCCUUUGGGGUUUAUAAUGUGGAAGUGGGCACAAGGCAGAAAACGAUCUUUUUCUUUGUCAAGAUAAGCAAAGGUCCAGAUGGAAAUGUUCACUACUCCUUAAGAAACUAAAAAGACUGAGCAGAUUGUGUGGGUACCACAAAUGAAAGAUAAAUCAUGUGACAUUAUGAUCUUUUCAUUCUGGAUGAAGAGUCCAAAGUUAGACCCAAUGGUGUUAUGUGCUUCCUCUAGUUUAUGAUAAGAAGUCCAGUGUUUCUAUGUAUGGAAAAGCAGUUGCUUCUGUUUUAUUUAUUAUAUCACAUUCUCAUUUAUUUAUUUAUUUGUAAUGCCUUGUUUUUAAUAAAACUUUGUAGCAUGGAAAUAUUUUCCUUCCACAAGUUCAAAC